AUGGAUCAACAACAGCCUCCCCCGACCCUCACGCACCCCCGCUUCACCCUUGAGCUCGAGUUCGUCUCCGCCCUCGCCAACCCAUACUACCUCUCCCACCUAGCCGUGAACUACCCCAACCUGCUGGGCAUCUCGCGCACCUCCGACGAGACGGACGCCAAUAACGAUGACGCGCCGGAUCCGGACGCUCAGGCCUUUGCCUCCUACCUCGCCUACCUCUACUCCUACUGGAAGACGCCCGAAUACGCCCAGUUCCUGACCCAUCCCGGAGCGACCUUGCGCGCCCUGCGACUGCUUCAGGAGGAGACGUUUCGCCGGGAUAUCAUCCGCCCCCAGGUCAUUGAAGGGUUGGCGGGCAUUGCGGGCGAUCAGGCUGUCCCGACCGGGGAGACGGACGGAGCGGAUGAGAAGCAGGAGAAUUCCGAGGAAAUGCAAGGGGUUGACAAUGCCGUCAAAGUUUAG